AAAUGAAAAAUGAAAGUAAAACAAAAUUACCAGGGUGGGGUUUUGUAAUUUAUAGUUUUUGAAUAGGACUUGUGUGAUUUUUUGUUUUAUUAGUGCAUAUAUGCAAUUUUAGUAUCAAUGAUAUUUUCGUAUAUGAUAUUUUCCAUGUAUUGUUUCAAAUGAGUGCAAAAGAUUUGUUAUCGACUGAGAGUGACGAAUUUGAGGUUAGCGAAUAUAAUUUGUGACAGAUCGCGAAUCUUUUGGUUAACAUUCGAUUUUGUGUAAAUCGUGUAGUGAUACAAGUAGUUUACAUGAAAUUAGUGAAUUCAUAAAUGAAUCGAUCUGCACAUUGCACGGAUGAACAAUGAAAAAGCUACCACAUCUCAUCGAAGUGUGACAAAAAGUAAAUUUUGGGGAAUUGAAAAUCGGCAGCCAUUUUAUUUUCACAGCCCGUAAUUUUGAGAUGUCAGCAUAGCGGCUUUAAUAGAUGUGAUGGCGCCUGUGCCCCGACCAGGCAGCCUGAGAGAUCCAGAUAUAGCCGAUCUGUUCUUUAAGGUCGACCCCGAGAAAAUUUUUGAGGAUUUACGUGAAAUUGGCCAUGGUAGCUUCGGGGCAGUCUACUAUGCCAGAUGCCUGGUAUCCAGGGAAAUCGUGGCCAUCAAGAAGAUGUCCUAUCUGGGCAAGCAGAGCAUGGAGAAGUGGCAAGAUAUCGUGAAAGAAAUAAGAUUUCUAAAACAAUUGAACCAUCCAAACACCAUAGAAUACAAGGGAUGUUAUUUGAGAGACAGCACAGCAUGGUUGGUAAUGGAAUACUGCCUGGGUUCUGCCUCCGAUAUAAUAGAAGUUCAUAAGCGUCCUUUAAAAGAAGAAGAAAUUGCUGCCAUUUGUGAUGGUGUCGUACAUGGGCUGAGUUAUUUACAUGAACUAGGCAGAAUUCAUCGCGAUGUCAAGGCAGGAAACAUUUUAUUGACAGAAAAUGGCACUGUUAAACUUGCUGAUUUCGGUAGUGCUUCCAUCAAGUGUCCUGCAAAUUCAUUUGUUGGAACUCCUUAUUGGAUGGCUCCAGAGGUCAUUUUGGCAAUGGAUGAGGGUCAGUAUGAUGGGAAAGUGGAUGUUUGGUCAUUGGGCAUCACUUGUAUCGAAUUAGCCGAAAGAAAACCACCAUACUUCAAUAUGAAUGCGAUGUCGGCUCUUUACCAUAUUGCUCAAAACGAUUCACCGUCUUUGUCUUCUCCAGAAUGGACGGAUGUCUUCAAACACUUUGUAGAAGCUUGUUUACAGAAACUACCUGCACAGCGUCCAAACUCUUCAAGACUACGGACUCAUCAGUUUGUGACAAAGAGCCGUUCGCCUAAUGUUCUGAUAGAUUUGAUACAACGUACCAAGGAUGCAGUUAGAGAUCUGGAUAAUUUAAAUUAUAGGAAGAUGAAGAAGAUAUUGAUGGUAGAAAACUUUGAAAACGAGAGCACCAUUGAUGUUGAUGAUACUCCAGACGAGCACACAGGCGCUGAUAGCUCGAAAAGUAACUCUGUUACCUCAGAACAAAGUGUUCAUUCCGUAGGGGUGUCUGCCAGUAGUCAAUCUAGUAGUACUAAUAGUUUACCAGCAGGUGGGGAUGACAGGAGACAUAGACCAAUUAAUCAUCCAGCUGCAGCGGCAGUAUCUGAUCACGGAACAAAUAAUUUUGCUACUAUCAGAACUACAAGUAUCGUUACCAAGCAGCAGAAAGAGCACAUGCAGGAGGAGAUGCAUGAACAAAUGUCAGGCUACAAACGAAUGCGCAGGGAGCAUCAAAGUGCCUUGUUGAAGCUCGAAGAGAGAUGCAAGAUGGAGAUGGAAAGUCACAAAAAUCAACUCGACAAAGAGUACGAAGUUCUUUUGCAGAAUUUCAGCAAGGAACUCGAAAGGCAACAGGUGAAACAUCUACAGGAAUUGGAACGCAAGCAGAAGCAGAAUUUAGCUGCGGAGAAAAAACUGAUGAAAGACAUAACCGGUAGGCAGGAGAUGGAUAAAAAAGCUUUUGACGCUCAUAGAAAGAAAGAAUAUAAAGCGAGCAAGGAAAGGUGGAAAAGGGAACUUUCUCAAGAUGAUUCGACGCCAAAACGACAAAAAGAUGCGACCUUACAAACUCACAAAGACAACUUGAAAUUAGUCGAUGCUCAAGAAGAGCAGAGGUUGCUCCGCUGUCAAAAGGAAUAUCUGGAAUUGGAAGUUCGUAAAUUCCGAAGAAAAAAACUUCUCUCUUAUCAUCAGCUGGAACAAGACUUGUUGCGGCAAGAGUUGAAUAAGAGGCAACAUCAGUUGGAACAGGCACACUCUAUGUUGCUGAGACAUCACGAGAAGACCCAGGAAUUGGAAUACCGCCAGCAGAAGGCUGUUCAUGCUCUGAGAGAAGAACAGGUCAGAAACCAACAUGAUACUGAAUUGGCCAACCAGUCGGAGUACAUGAAACGUACUGAACGUGAAAUGAGAAAGAAGCAUGCUCUGGAACUCAAGCAGCAACCGAAAUCACUAAAACAAAAAGAAAUGUUGGUACGCAAGCAAUUCAGAGAAACAUGCAAGGUGCAGACGAAGCAGUACAAGGCACUGAAAGCUCAAAUACUCCUAAACACUCCGAAGGAAAGUCAGAAAACAGUUAUAAAAAAGUUAAAGGAGGAACAAAGGCGGAAAUUGGCUCUGUUGGGAGAUCAGUAUGAGCAGAGCAUAGCUGAAAUGCUGCAGAAGCAGUGCAUAAAGUUGGAUGAGACUCAAGAGAACGAGUGUUACCAGAUGAACGAGCGUUUGCGCUACGAAUGGGAAAUCUUAAUAGCAUACCAAAGUAAGAACAAGAUGCACGCCCAAACUCAGAGAGACCGUGAAAAGAAUGAACUUCAGGAACGUGUUUCCGUCAGGAAGUCGCUUUUGGAACAAAAGAUGACUGCGGAAAACCAACGGUUUGUUGAGGAACGUGGCGAAAGGAUAAGAAUUCUCCAUGAAAGACAAGGAAGGGAGCUUGAAAGUUUCGAUGAGGAAUCGAUAAGGCUAGGAUUCAGUGCAUUAGCUAUUGCUGAAAUGUCGCUGGCUAUGAACGACCUGUCGAGAGAUAGCUAUGAGGAUGAUACGAGUCUCUCAGGAUCGAUGUUGAGUCUGGCUCAUUCCAAUAGUUCGACGAGUUUUCCGCCUAAUUCGGUUUAGUAAAUGCAAUAUUAUUGAUUGAUGAACACCAAAUUUCAUUGAGUAAGAGUUUACACAGUUCUGAAUCUUAUUUAGUAUUUGAAAUAUAUUCAGUUAUUUGAUCGGUUUAGGAAAAAUUGUUUCGAGUUGAUUGAUUAUCAAUAUUCUGAAGUGAUACCAAAUUUGUACCUUGAUAAUUAUUAUUAUUUCUACUUUAUUUAUUUAUGACAGUUUAGCAAUUGGUAGAUUAGUUUGUUAUUUUUGUACUAAAUUAAUGAAUAAAUAGGACAAAUACAGUUGCGUAGAUGAGCUUCUAUCUCAAAACAUUGACAAAAUCAAAAGUAUCAAGCAUACCAGUAAGUAUUUAGUCAAUUACAUUUAGGUUAUUGUUAGGUAAAAGAGGUUUGCCAGUAUAUAGAUUUACUGAAGUGUAAUUACUAUAUAAACUCAGUAUCUUUAUAGAUGUUUUUAUUUGCCAUAUAUUCAUUCCAUACAUUUCGUUCAAAGAUGAAGUCAUUUUUUUCAUUCGGAUAAAUACUGCUUUGAAGUAAUUCAAAAUUUUAGGGGACUUUUUUUCCUGACAACAAUUUACACAAAUAUCACCUAUUUGGUGAGUUUUUCAUGAGUUUGCUGCCGGCAAUUGAUAAUUCAACCAGAAUCCUAUGUUGUUCUGUCUUAUAUUCAUUGAAAUCAAUUGAGAAUAAAUACUCAUUUGUUGUUUUUUUAAUAUCUCUGAUAUAUUAGAAUGUAAGCCGGUUUAUGUCUCCUUUUCUAUAGAAGAGGUCAAACUGAAUGGUGGUAUGAGAUAUUUGAAAAUGGAAAAAAAUUUGUUAGACAGAUUUCAUUUGGUGUAACUCCUACGAAUUGUUCUACUGUUCUUAAGAAUCAGUUUAUAAAAAAACAGUUGAAAUGCAUAAGGUAAAUCUUGCUUGAAUUUUUUUAUUUGAAGUGUUGAAAUAUUUUGCAGCACAUUUUUUGCUGACCUAGUUGGCAUUCUUAAAAAUUAAUGUGUUGAGAGUAUUUUUGUUAUGAUAAAAAGUUAUUUUGUUAAAAUUGUUCUACAUCCGUAGGUUUGUGUUAUGUCUCUCAACUAUUGGUACACACUGAAUAAUUUAUUUUAUCAAUAGAAACUUCAGUUUAUUUGAUCAAAGAAUAUAUGUCUACAUUGUUACGCCAACUUUUGCCGCCAUAGAGAUGUGACCGUCAGUCUUGAAGUUAAUGUUUAGUUUUCAUUUUGUCUUUUGCAAAUUGGCAGCUGGAGUCACAUUAUUUCUACCAUAUUAGAUUAACAGGAAUUAGGGAAUGUUUGACAACACAUAGUCCAUGUCUAAUUGAAAAUUUGAAAAAGAUGCAGAAGUUUCUCAUUGUCCAAAUUUUGUGAUUUGGGGUAGAAUAAACUUUACGGGUGCAACCAAAAUGAAGAUUCUACUUUAUAAUGUCUUUGGAAGGUGCUAAGAAUUGCAUAUUGAUGGGUAGUGCCCCGUUAAUGAAUAAAAAACAUUUCAAAACCAUGUCUCAUUUUUGAAAGACGAGUUCCUUAACAAGCUCUAACGAUUUAUGGCAUGAAUUAAUUCAAAUAUUCCCCAAGAUUAAUUAUAAUUGGAUAAAAAUGUUGAAUAGUCAUUUUUUUGCAAAAGGGCCUGAACUAUGUGAUAUUUUUUCGUGAAAUUCUGUUCAUGAUUACUUUUUUGGUUCAAUGAAAUUUGGUAUUUGCCAUUCAGUAAUAUACUAAGUGGGAUUAUAAUAAUGAUGGUUUGGAAAAUGUACAUAUUCAUCUAGUUCGUUAAUUUUACCAUUGUAACUGAAAAAUUCCCCUUUUUAUACAUAAACUCUUCCAUUUAAUGACCGUGUUCUUUAAGUUAGUUUCAUAUAAUUUUUUGAUUACUAUUCUGUUAGCCACCAGGAACAUGACUUUUUGCAUUGAAAAUAUAUUUAACCCCGUGAAUAUUCCAAGAGGGUGAAUUAAUAAGUCAUGAUGCAAGUGAAUGAACAUUUUUAUUGGGUUAUUGAUUUUGAAGACAAAUUUUCGUUAUUUAGCAAAACUACUUGCUGAUUGUUUAUUUUCAUGACAUUUUAGUAGGCUCAAUAUUCAAUUCUCAAAGAUGUGCGGGUGAAGAAAACGUCAAUGACAUUUCAAAAAAACUAUUUUAACCAAAGCCAAAAUUUUGAAGUGAAAUCCAUUUAAACACUUCACGUUUCAUUUUAUAAAAAAAACAAUUGUUUUCCAAUCAGAUCAUUAAUAUUCACUUUCUGCAGCCGUUUAUUUAGUUUUGACUAAUCUUUGGUUCUAUCUUCAACAUGGCUUUCUUGAAAAAACUUUGUUUGUUAGAGAUUUGAAAUUGCUUUUUUGCAGCUCAAUUUUUAAUUAAGAAGUACUGAAGUUUGGUUUUCGAAAAAUGUAGCAUCUAAAAUCUCAGUAAUGAAAUUGAAUAAUGAAAAUUUUUGAUUCCUCAAUCAAUACACCUGGUCAAGAUGUAUCAUACUUUGUUUCCUGAGGAUUAACACAGUAUUUUAGACUGGUUUCCAUUUAGGUGAAUGAUUAGGAAGUUCAUUUGAAUUUUGUGAACAUUAUUCAAUACUUUAAACUAUAAUUUUAAUAAUUAAGAUAAGAUAGUUUAUAUUAGACAUUUACUAAAUUAAAAGACUAAUUGUACCAAAAAUUUUGGUAAUACGCUUAUAUAAAAAAUUAAUAUUGCUGAAAAUGUGUAUUGUGGUAAAUAGGAAAAGAAAACGAACUUUACAUUUAAGUUUAUCGAUAGAGAUCUUAAAGUUUGACAAUUUUGGUCUGUUGAGACGGAUUUUAACAACGAUUAACAUCGUAUUCAUCAUUAGUGAUCUGAAUAUUUAAAAAAAUAGGCAUCUGCAUAACAUUACUUUAUUGCAAACUACGAAAGAUCGUAAUAGCAAUAUUAUGGACAAUGUUUCCUGGUUAAAUUAGCUGAAACUGUACAAACUUAAUUUUCUCAUUUUCUAAUUUUUAAUUUUAAUGAAAUAAUAACCUAAAAUUGAGAACUAGUACAUUCUGCCCGUGAUAACUUUUGCUCUAAGGGUAAUUUAUAGUGUUUCAGACAAUUUAACUGGCAUUUUCCAUAAGUAUACAAUGGGAUCCUUCCAAGGAAUCAAAAGUAUUGCCCUUUUUCGUCUUUACACACAAAAUUUCAACCGUGGUUUUAAGAUCUCUACGCUUGAUUUAAUUUUGUAAAUAUUUCAUAUUGUUUCUGGUCUUGAAACAAUUGUUGAAAAUGUUUCGUCUGUUGUGCUUUAAAUUUUCCUUUUUUCUGGUAAAAAAUGGAUUAUUUGUUUUGCAGUUCUGAAAUCUUUGAAUUUGAUUUGGUACGAUAUAAACAUAUAGCAAUGUAUCUAGAUUUGAUAACUAGACUUGUGGCUACUUGAAACCAAUUCAGACAAUUAUGUUGAAUGUCAAUAUACUGGCUGUCUCUUUAGGAAAAAAAAUUGUUGCAAUAUUUUAGAUAGCGUACAGUCGAUGGUUUUGGACUUGUUUUCUUGAUAACCUUCAAUUAUUCAGGUAAUGAUGAUAUGAAUUCAUAUAAAAACCUUGGAAAAACUUUAAACCACAUAAAAAAUGUUUACGAAUUACUUCCAAAUACUGAGAAUAUAAUUUUUCUUCGUUCAGGCUUGUGCCUAAUAUCGAUUUUUAUUUGUAUCCCACUCAUUUAUUUACUCUGAUCAAUAAUUUGAAGCUAAAAUUCAUCGGUCGGAUACAUGAUUCUUCCAAGGGAAAAUGUCGAAAAAAAUUCAGGAACCCAGAAAAGUUGAAAUUUUUUUGAGAAAAACCUUAUUGACCUUUGAAUAUAUAUUCAUUUCAGAAAUUGGUUAAUUUUGUUAGACGCUAAGUGAAGAAUGAAUGUGAUGUUGCCAAAUUCUUUGCGACUUCCUCAUCCAGUACGAAAGCAUAUUCCAAUAACAAUUGUAGGAUUUUCAAAUGCAUUAAGUAUUGCCAACAUUACCAUGGGCCUUAGGUAAAUGAACUCAAUAAUGUUCAGUGUCAUUAGCUGAUGACAGGUGAAUUUUAAUGAAAAUAUUUUGUAUGAUGUGACAAUGUCUUGAGUAUGUUCAUAAAAAGGUCCCUAUUCACGUAUUCAGGAUACGAAAAUUCAAAUCAUUUUCUAAAUUGUUCAAAUAGUGACGAUGGCGGCCAGUUUUAACGUCCGAGUGUAAUUGAACAUGAUUCUUCAUUCUAUCAAUUUAAAAUAUUUCCACAAGUAAUAUCGAAUUUUUAUCACCAAAAGAUAUAUCUCCUGAACUUUUUUGACAUUUUCUACCAAAAUUCUUUACUAGGUGAUGAAAAUACUUUUAUUUUUGCUUGAGCUCAAAUAAUCUUAAAUUAUCUGUAGAAUGGGAGUGUGUUUUAAUAGUAACUUCUUAAUUCAUUAAAUUGAAUAUCAUUUGGCCUGUUACCUUCAAGGAUUUGUAGUGGCAGUUUUAGCAAGUUAAUCUUGACAAACUUUGGGUAGCUCAUCACAAGUUUGUGAAUAUUAUUCUCCUGAAUUUUGAAGACUACAAAUUAUAAAUAUAUAUUUAUCAUGAAAUACAUGAAAAUCAAUGAAAAUUGCUUCAGAUUUCUGUCAAUAGUCGAAUCAUUUAGUGAUUCAGUAGUUCACAAAUUGAAACGCAAGAAAUAUCUGGACAUGGUAUUAAAUCUUCACUUUUAUCUUAAUGAAUGAAUGGAAACGGAAUAUUUUAAACCAGUUAAAGUAAGAUUAUAGAUGACUGUCGCCAAAAUAUUGUUAUUGUAUAUAUCGUUGUCGUUGCCUAUAUUUUAAAAUUGUAUAAAUUUGUAUUUUUUUUUCUUAUAUUAUGUUCAUGUAUUGUAUAAAAUGAUUUAAACCUUUUUCAUUAAAACUUAUUAGCAGUAUUUAUUAUUUAAAAAAUAGUAGAUUUAUUGUAAAUAAUAUUUGUUGAAAACUUCUUCUGUCAAAGUUUUUAUUAUAGUUUUUUUAACUUGAAUUAUAGUUUUCAGCUCCA